AUGGAGAGCAAUGCGAAUGAACCUACCCCCUCGCCCUCUCACAAUGGCCUAAAGCUCUUCCCCCGGCCAAAGCGUAGCCGGACGGCCUUGAAUGAGGCAGAGAACGCACAUACUCACGAUGGGGGCUCAAGAGGCUUGACCCUCAACAUCCGGCCUUCGACAAUUAGCGGAGCCAGCCAUGAAGCAUCUCCCACAGCCCUCGCAAAGUUCAUUCCAGGCGCAAAAAAACGGCACCGGAAGAAGGCCAAGGACUCCCAUGACAAGAACUCAACGGAUCAGAGUGCUGGGCUUUCCGGAGGCUCCAAGGUAUCUUUGCAACGGUCGGAAGCCAGUGCGGAGCACCACGGCUCCGACCAUACCAGGGCUUCACUGACCGACGAUUCUGAGUCCGAGGUUUACUCCUCCCGGGUCUCUCGCGCAGAUAUCGACAUUGCAAGGCCCCCUUUGAUUACCGUUUCCGACUCAUCCAUCCUCGAUGGCCCUCAUGCUGUAUCCAGCGGGUCAACUGUUCCAGGUUCCGAUAGAGCCACAGACAGUCCCACCCCGUCAAUGGUUGGUUCAGAACAUGGCGGAUCCCAAGCUGGGCGUUCUACGACAAAAGGCAACGGGGGUUCCUCAACGGGGCGAAAGUUGAGGGAAGCUUUCAACCCACGGUCUUCCAAAGGGAACUCUAAUGCCAGCCCAGAUCGAGAGUCUGCAAAAUCGACGGAAAGUCAGGGCAGUAAGGGAUUGUCAGGAACCGGAGGCAGGAAAUCCAGUUUUUCAUCCAAGAAAAGCAAGAAUGCCCCGGAAGAUAUCCCACCAGUCCCGGUUCUCCAAAAGCAUGCUGAAAAUAGGCCCCCGACAAAACCCCAUCCUUUGCCAUCUGCCGAUACGACUCCUAGCACGCCGCCGUCAGGCACACAAAAUGCUCCAAUAACUACCGUUACUCCUCCCACUCCCACAGACCCUAGAUUCCGAGACGUAGGGGCUCGUCUUGUUGAGUCUCCAGAGUCCUCGACAAACGUUUCUACCCUUCCUCCAAAUGUUUCUACCCUUCCUCCAAAUGCAGUUGUUAGCCCUUCUGGCAAUAUGAUAUCUCAUCGCCGUGUACGUUCGGCAUCAGCGGCUCAUAAUCCGAGUAAACUCUCGACUUCAAUGACUUUACCUCCUACCCCUGGGGUUGAUGAGAAUAAGACCCCUGGCUCUCGGGCUACCCAGGGAAACUUCGGCACUGGAGCAGGAUUUUUCUCGUCAAUGUUCUCUGCUGCACAAAAUGCGGCGUCCACUCUUUCCAUUGGGUUGAAUCAAAAUCGUGGACGAACUGCUACGGACCCGACAGAGCCUGAUAGACAGUCCUUGCCGGAACGAGUAGAAGAAGAGUCUCAGUCACCGCAGGAAGAUUCUAAGCAGAAAAAAGAACUGGCUGUCAAUACACUUGGUAUGGGCGAUUUGGACUUCAGCCAUCUUGGUAUUGAGUCAUCACCAGGUGGGACGAUGAUGACCUCGGAUGGUCUUGUGUUUACGAGAUCCGAUCAGAUUGGACGUUCUAAAAAUGCGGUAUCACAACAAGAUGAACUUGCUGCCAGGAUCGAGGACCUUCGAGCUGCACGAGCCGUUUCUAUGGCAUAUGAGAAGCAGCCUACUAGUACAGCUUUGCCUGCUACUAUCGAUGAAGAUAAUCAAACAGAAAGCCGUCCUAGCAUACCGCCCGCUCAUAUCGCUAAAGAAAAUGCUGAUGAGCAGACAACGCCUGCUGCAAGUAUCAUCGACGGUGAGAUUCCCGAGCACAUUAAGCGUAGUGGGAGCUUACGUAGCCGUCGUGCGGCUCAUCGACAACGCGGGUCUUCGACGGCAACGGCUGCUACUGUUGGUGGCAUUGGUAACACCUUAGGUGCAACAGGCUCCAACUCAAGCGUUCCCCGUUUAACCGGUUUUGCUGUGGCCAGUAAGAAGAGGAACCGAGAUUUUCAUCAAUUAUUUCGGAGCGUUCCAGAAGAUGAUUACUUAAUUGAAGAUUACAGCUGUGCCCUCCAGCGUGAAAUUAUCCUGGCUGGCCGGAUAUACAUUUCUGAGGGGCAUAUCUGCUUUUCAAGUAAUAUUCUUGGAUGGGUGACUACUUUAGUCAUCGGCUUUGAUGAAAUAGUUGCGAUUGAGAAGGAAUCGACAGCGAUGGUGUUUCCGAAUGCAAUCGCCGUCCAGUCCCUCCAUGCCCGCCACACUUUCCGCAGCUUACUUAGCAGAGACUCUACGUAUGAUCUCAUGGUGAAUAUCUGGAAGAUCAAUCAUCCUACACUUAAAAGCUCUGUAAAUGGCACGCAAGUUGAUCAAGGAACCGGCGACAAGACCGAAAAGACGGAGCUCAGCGACGGUGAGACCGUUUCUCUCUCCGACGGGGAGGAUGUGUAUGAUGAGGAUGAAGAAGGCGAUAUGGCUAGUAACACCGAUGCAGUCGCCAGUGUUGCCGGUAGUGACAUUUCAGAGCCCAAACGAGUGAUCCGAAAAUCUUCAACUAUGCCACUUUCUGCGCUUGCGACCUCCAGACCAGCAUCUAUAGCAGAAACUGCUGAACCAAAGAUCAGCGAGAAACCAGGAAAUCUUCAAGAGCCACCAGCACAAUUUCCCGGUCCAAAGACGCAUUCUCCUACCGAAUUUACAGACCCCUCUGGGCGUUACGAUAGAGUUGUCAAGGAUGAGACAAUCCCGGCGCCGUUGGGCCAUGUAUAUUCGCUGGUUUUCGGUCCAUCUUCUGGUUCCUUCAUUUCAAAAUUUCUUCUGGAUCAUGAGAAGGUGAUCGACUUGCAGUUCGAGGAUGACAAAAAGGGGCUGACUGAGGAGAAUAAAACCCGAUCAUAUUCGUACAUCAAGCCGCUUAACUCUUCUAUUGGACCAAAGCAGACGAAAUGCACCACCGUCGAGCAAUUGGAUUUUCUGGAUUUAGAAAAAGCCAUUCUGGUGACUUUAACAACCCAAACGCCAGAUGUCCCAAGCGGAAAUGUGUUCUCAGUCAAGACAAAAUACCUUCUCACAUGGGCGCCGGGUAACUCUACCCGAUUUUUCAUGUCUUGCAAUGUAGAGUGGACAGGAAAGAGCUGGAUCAAAGGUCCUAUUGAGAAAGGGGCUAAUGAUGGGCAACUUGGCUAUGGAACAAAUCUCAUCAAGGUUCUCAAGGCCGGUGUUGCUCCUAAAGGUCGCAAGUCGGCAUCCAAGGGUAUUCCAAAGGGCAAAGGAAAACGAGUACGCACAACAAUGUCCGGUGCCAACCUUCACGAUGGCGAUGCCUCUAGGGCUGGUAAGAACUCAGGUGGCAAUUGGGGCCUUUUCGAACCCCUCAAGGGGCCCCUCUCCCCACUUGUAAAUCUAAUCAGGCCAAUUUGGAGCUCCAACGUUGCCAUAAUAAUUGGGUGCUGCUUAUUGUUUAUGAUGUGGUUCCGUACCCCUUCAUCUUCGUCAAUGUCCCUCCAUAACGUUGCUCUACAUCACCUUUCUGUCCCCGAAAGACUGCUCGCCUACGACGAACUAUGGGCAAAAGAGGAGAGCGAGCUAUGGAGUUGGUUAGAAGAACGCGUUGGUAUGGAUGGAUUCGCCCUCCCUGUUGCCAAUGUAGGCCCGUCCGGCUCAAAGAAACAGCAACAUAAACGCCACUUGAAAGAAGCCGAGUCUCGCUUGCGCGAUGAAAAGAUGUCUGAACGGGAGAUUACGGAUGCUAUUAGAGUGACACAACAACGGCUGGAAACGCUACAGAGAGUAAUCGAUAAACGGAAGGCCGAUCGCCAACAAACGGGAGACCAACCCCGGGCAACAAAAUAA